AUCUGAAGCGCAUACCAGAGGAGCAGCAGCCUUCUUCCCUCCUCUUCUGGGUUUGCAUCCUGUAUUUGCAUCAAACUUGAAGAGCCAUGAUCCUGCUCACUUACAGUCCUGUGCCUCAGGCGUGAAUGGAACAGUGAAUGGUAGGAGUGCUUCCUCUCCUACUGGGAACUCUGCUGUGAACACCAGUUCAUUUCCAGCAAAGGGAAACAAAGAGAAAACUAAAGCCAACAGUGGUCAGAGUCCAAAGAGCUGUCAGGACCCAGGCCAACUACACCAGAAGACUGUUCAGAAAACAAAAGAAAAGAAACCCAGCAAAAGACCACUAGAGACCUCGAGCAUGAGCGGCAGCCAGUCAGGAUCCUUGUCAGAUAGCUCCAGUGAUGGUGAGGAGAGCAGCAGUGAUCCUGAUGACAUGGAGGAGGAGGAGGAAGAGGAGGACAAUGAUGAAGAUGAGGAUGAUCAGAGCAAUGACAGCGAGGACUCUGAUUCAGGAAAAGAGAGUCAGUUUAAACGGAAAGUCAAGCGGCUGACACAGAACACUACCGAGAGUAAAAAGAGGAGACCUCGUACCACUGAUGGAAAUACAACUCAAGACAGUCAUUGUGAUAGCGUUCCUUUGACUUCCUCGUACUGCCUCCAGUCUCAUUCUGCUGUCCGGGCUCAAUCCACAGCACUGUUUCUCCAGAGCUCCAGGACCGCAGGAGGAGGGAGCGAAGUUCAGGAUGCGCCCUUAGCUCUCAUCACAAAGCCGCGCAGCCAGAGCAGCACCCCGAACAGCACCCCGAACAGCAAGCUGCUUCUGGCAGCUACUACCCCUCCCUACCCAAUGCCCAUCAACUUGAGCACUGGCCACCAAGGAACCAUCAGGCAGCUCUACUUGGUCAGAGGCAGUGAGUCUGAUAUCCACAGCAGCAAGGAGUUAGACUCAGACUCUUUAGGAGAGGACUACGAUGAUGACGAUGACGAUGAAGAUGAUGAAGAUGAUAUCAAUGAUGAAGAUUCUGGAAGCAGUCUGUCAGGUGAGAUUAAACAGCCCAUUCGUUAA